AUGGCAAAAUCUCCAGAAGCAGAGCACCCUCUCAAGGCUAUUGGAUGGGCUACCAAAGACACAUCUGGGGUUUUUUCUCCUUUCAAAUUCUCCAGAAGGGCGACUGGAGAGCACGAUGUGCAGUUCAAAGUGUUGUAUUGUGGGGUCUGUCAUUCGGAUCUUCAUAUGGCCAAGAAUGAAUGGGGCCUCACUCAGUAUCCCCUUGUUCCUGGGCAUGAGAUUGUGGGUGAAGUAACUGAGGUUGGAAGCAAGGUGGAGAAAUUCAAGGUUGGGGACAAAGUGGGAGUCGGAUGUAUGGUUGGAUCAUGUCGCCAGUGUGAUCAAUGCACCAAUGAUCUUGAAAAUUACUGUUCUAAAAUGAUACUGACCUAUAGCGCGGUUUACAUUGAUGGUACCAUUACAUAUGGAGGUUAUUCUAAUUUAAUGGUUGCUGAUGAACACUUUGUUGUUCUUUGGCCUAAGAACUUUCCCCUCGACAUUGGUGCUCCUCUCUUAUGUGCCGGAAUUACGACUUACAGCCCCUUAAGGUACUUCGGACUUGACAAACCAGGAAUGAGUAUUGGUGUUGUUGGACUUGGCGGGCUUGGCCAUGUAGCUGUGAAGUUUGCCAAGGCUUUUGGUACUAAGGUUACAGUCAUCAGUACAUCUAUUAAUAAGAAGAAGGAAGCUACUGAAAAACUUGGUGCCGACUCCUUUUUGGUUAGUCGUGAUCCGGAGGAGAUGAAGGCUGCAACUGGGACAUUGGACGGGAUCAUUGACACUGUAUCUGCUCAUCACCCCAUUUUACCCUUGAUUAGUUUGUUGAAGCCUCAUGGAAAGAUGGUACUGGUUGGGGCUCCAGAAAAGCCGCUCGAGUUGCCAGCAUUUCCCUUGCUUUCAGGUAGAAAGUUAGUAGCUGGCAGUGGAAUAGGAGGAAUGAAAGAAACCCAAGAGAUGAUUGAUUUUGCAGCAAAACACAACAUAUUACCAGAUGUGGAGAUCAUCCCCAUUGAUUAUAUCAACACUGCAAUGGAUCGCCUUGGGAAAUCUGAUGUUAAAUACCGUUUUGUUAUUGACAUUGCAAAAUCGUUGAAGCUGGAGUAA